CAAACUGUGGUAACCCUGACGUACCGGAAACAAGCACAGCUCAUAUGUUUCACAACCUGCACAAAUUCAGCCAGCCAUCUUUUGUUGAAAAAUCAUUUGUUUCGUGUCGUCAGGGUAAAUUUCAUAAUUGUAAUUAAUGUCAGAGCCACAGUCUUCGCUUUUAUUAAAAAAGCAACUAGCAGAACUGAACAAAAAUCCAGUAGAAGGUUUUUCUGCUGGAUUGAUAGAUGACAAUGACAUUUACAGAUGGGAGGUCCUCAUUAUUGGUCCCCCAGACACAUUAUAUGAAGGUGGAUUCUUUAAGGCACAUCUACAUUUUCCAAAGGAAUACCCUUUGAGACCGCCUAGGAUGAAGUUUGUCACAGAAAUUUGGCAUCCAAAUAUUGAAAAGAAUGGUGAUGUAUGCAUAUCAAUAUUGCAUGAGCCUGGCGAUGAUAAGUGGGGCUAUGAAAAGGCCUCUGAGAGAUGGCUGCCCGUCCACACGGUGGAAACUAUUCUCAUAAGUGUUAUUUCUAUGUUGGCCGACCCAAAUGAUGAGAGUCCUGCUAAUGUUGAUGCAGCUAAGGAAUGGAGAGAGUCGUAUUCGGAGUUUAAAAGGAAAGUAGCGCAGUGUGUGCGAAAGAGCCAAGAGGAUUGUUCUUAAAUAACAGUGCCCUUUUUCAUUUAUUUAUUUGGAUAGUGAGUGUGUUUGGUGAUACAGUUUGGACGUCUUUGCCGCUGCGGAGACUCGCCUUGAUAUAGUGCAGGCCCCACCGUCCGGGCCAGAGACAAUAUUGAAAUUGAUUUAAAAUAAAUAAUUAUUGUAAUUAAAUGGUAUCGCUGCCGUAUUUUAUAAAUAAUAAAUUAAAGGUAGUAACUCGAGGUCUUUUUCAUCUUUUUUAAGACGUGCUAGCUAGCUAUUGUUAUGAUAAUUAAAUGGUGUAUGAUAUUUUUUUCUAAUGAAAACAAAUCUGCAUUAGUUUUUUUACUUUAACGAUCUCUUUAUAACAAAACCAAAUUGUAAUAGUAUAAUUGUUUUGCUUAAUUAGCAACGUAUUGUGAAAAUUGCUGCAAAUAUAAUCACAUGAAUUUGUUAGUUGGUUUGUGAAAAUUUUAGUUACCAUAGCUUAUGUGAUCAUUCGUUUGUAAUUUUCAUAAAAUGUCAGUUUCUAGAAUAUUCCUUUGUUGCUGAAUAGUGAAAUUUAAAAAAAUAUAUCAAUAAAUGCAAAUUUGGAAUAAUUAUCUUUUUAUGUCAGCAAACCUUGCCCAUAGCAUACACAUGAAGUAUUAUAGCACAGAUGAGCUACAUUAAAUGUAACGAUCUGCCAUUUCAUAAAUUUAAAAUAUUGAUUUUGCAGCGUAACCAUUGCUUCAAAUAUUGAAAGUUAUUUGAUAUUUAAACAAUGUAUUGCUAUAAAAUAAUAAAUGGGUAAAUGAUA